AAUGACUCGUGCCUUUCUGAAGUCUUAAAGUGCGGCGUCAGAGUUUCUUCUAUUACCGAACUCCAUCAUCCUCUGGGCUCUUGGACCUUUCGAGUCUUUGUGUGGAAAAUCUUAGAUUGCAAGUCGGGUCGUAUACGUACCUUGCAGCAUGGCCCUGACACCGAGGAGCGUGCCUGCUCUGUAUGCAAGACGACCGCUCUUGUUUCCGGCACGCACUGCGCAGUAUGUACAGCAGCUCAGAUGGACAACAACGGCGCCCCUGAAGAUCAAAUCCCGCACCCCCGAAGAAGGCCGCGCCCUCCUCGCCCAACAGCGCCUCCGCCGCCCCGUCGCCCCUCACCUCUCAAUCUACAAAUUCCAAGUGCACUCCGUCUCCUCCGCAAUGGAGCGGAACACCGGAAUCCUCCUCUCAGGCAGCCUCUACUUCUUCGCAACGGGAUACCUGCUAUCACCGCUCUUUGAGUGGGACCUAUCGUCGGCGAGUCUGGUCGCUGCGUUUGCGGGGUUACCGCUUGUUGCGAAGAUCGGACUGAAGUUGGCGCUUGCGUGGCCGUUUACGUUUCAUGUGUUUAAUGGUGUGCGGUAUGUGAUUACAGCGGUGGGGACGCAGACGAUGAGGAGUCGGGAGCAGGUUGUUAGGAUUGCGUGGGGGGUUGUUGGGGCGAGUUUUGUGAGUGCGCUUGGAUUGGUUGCGUUUUAUUGAGCGUUCUAGCUGCUUCGACAGCGCUCAAUGGCCUGAGUAACCCGAAGUAAGCCGUACUAGGUUUGGCCGUCGUGGUCGAAGGACUGCCUCAUCUGUAAUAUCGAUAUCAUUUGCCGUGACCAUGGAAAGAGGCGGACUCUUUGUAGAAGCGAGGGCGACCUUGAGCCAAACCGGCGGACCGAGUCCAGUAGCCGUCUAAACAGUGUCGCUAGCCAUAUUGCAAUGCAUCUUUGCGAGGAACCAAGAAUAUUAACCGAUAGCAUAAUUAUGAGCCUCAUUUGUGCAUUGAAUGAUGCAUACAAACCCCAUCUCAAAUUAAACAUUUCAAAGGAGCAUUAGUUAAUAGUUUUGUGCUUACCAACAACGUCUUGCCUACCGACAGAACAUAAUGCUGCAGAUUGGACUGAUAGGAGGCAUGCUUUUCCCCGCAAAUCGCCACUGGUCGCUUGCUGAACCGGGUGUGGAGGUGGCAAACCACGGGCCGCACCGAUUUGCUUAGGGCAUGCAAUCGACGAAGAUCCGAUGAGAUUCAUGAUCCGCAUGAAGCGG